AUGAACCGCUUAAGUUAUGGUUAUGUACUUUCCAUUUUUUUAGAAGAAAAGAGGAAAAAAAAGAGAGAAGCUGAGAAAAGGAGACGAGAUCGUAUAAAAGCUGAUCGCGAAAAGUAUGAGGCUGAAAAGUUGAAAGAGAAACAACGUCGUGAAAAGCGAAAAGCUGAAAAAAAGAUACGAAAAAUUAAAGACUUAACGCCGCAACAGCAACGUGCUCAGCGACAGGCAUGGCAAGAAAGGGCAAGAAAAAGUAGACGAUUGAAAAAGGAAAGGCAAUUCCAGAUAAAAAAUGAACCCAUAGACAAUGCAGAUGAUGGAAUAUACAAUAUUGCAGAAUAUCAUUACGCAAAUGAUUAA